ACUCGCUCACUGACUCGCUUAAACACUCACUGAGUCAGCAGCGAGUUUUGUAAAUCGUAACAUAAAAUUGGUCCACAAACAUGAUCGUGUCAGAGAGGAAGGUCCCACCUUCACUAUUGUUGUUUAUCUCUGAUUGGUCCACGCACUUAUGUGUUUUUAAUUUACCAGUACACCCCCACCCCGCCAUCACACGUGGUCGUUUUUUCCAUUACCAGAGAGCGACUCAUCCAACGGUCCAGAUCUUCCUUUCCUCUCUUUUUCGCGCUUUGCCACGUAUGCUUUUCACCACCACCUUACGGUCACCUGCCCGUCACCAUAAUAAUAAUAAUUUAAAAGAAAAAUAAAAAUAUCCUCCUACUACUUCUUGGGUUUCUACGUAAAAUUAGCAAGCGGUACCCACCCUAUUAGGAGAGAGAAAAGAGAGUAAACAACGCAACAUAACACAAGUACUACUCUCACUCGAAUACUCAACUUCUUUACAACAACAACAAAAACAAGAAUACAUCAUUUCUUAAUUCUCUUUCUAUUUUUGUUAUCUUUAAAUUUGAAUUUUAGCAUCAGUUGAUUCGAAAAUCUUCAUCAAUGGCAGAAAUUUGUUGCGGAGUAGUAUUAAGUGAAGGAGAUAAUACUCACAAUCCAGUACUUUCAAGCGUAUGUGAAUCCACCUCUUCACGAGCUGCUAGAAGACGUAGGAUAAAAAUCAGACGGUUUAAAUUCGUCGAUGGAAUUUCUUCCAAUAAUAAUCCUAUCACAGACGAUGACUCUGAUAUUAUCGACGGAACUAAGCGUCAAAGGAUGGAUUUCGCGUCGUCCUCGUUUCCCAGAGAAUGCACUUCUAACGCUGUUGAAACUAGCGUCGUUUCUAACGAUCAUGUUAGAGAUAUGAUUAGUUCUAGUACUGAUAAUAAUAAAUCGUCUGAAGAAGAAGAUGAAACUUCGACGACGUCGUUUUAUGAAUCGUCCAUUUUUAAUAUUCAGAAUUUUGUUCCCAAAUUUGGCGUCGCUUCUGUUUGUGGACGCCGUCGAGAUAUGGAAGAUGCUGUCGCUGUUCAUCCUUCUUUUUUCCGAUUAGAAAAUUGCUCCGAUUCCGAUAUCUCCUCCUCGGAAUUGCAUUACUUCGGCGUUUACGACGGCCAUGGCUGCUCUCACGUGGCGAUGAGGUGUAGAGAGAGACUGCACGAGCUAGUGAAGGAGGAGUUAGUGGCGGUGCCAGAAUGGAAGUUAGCAAUGGAGAGAAGUUUCAGUAGAAUGGAUAAAGAAGCGAUCGCAUGGAAUGAUGGAGUAAUCGGUAAUUGUAGGUGUGAAUUACAGACUCCUGAAUGCGACGCCGUGGGAUCUACCGCAGUCGUCGCCAUUGUUACGCCGGAAAAAAUUAUCGUCGCUAAUUGUGGUGAUUCUAGGGCUGUUCUUUGUCGUAACGGCAAAUCCUUCCCUCUUUCCGACGACCACAAGCAGCCGGAUCGGCCGGAUGAGUUGAACCGGAUCGAAGAAGCUGGCGGUCGGGUGAUUUUUUGGGAUGGAGCUCGGGUUCUUGGAGUGCUCGCUAUGUCUAGAGCCAUUGGGGAUAACUAUUUGAAGCCGUACGUGAGCUGUGAGCCAGAGGUCACAAUAAUGGAUCGAACAGUAGAUGAUGACUGUCUAAUAUUAGCAAGUGAUGGGCUGUGGGAUGUAGUAUCAAACGACACCGCGUGUGGGGUGGCAAGGAUGUGCUUAAGAGGCAAGGUGCCACCAGCGACAUUAACCCCGGAAGUUGAACAGAUCACUGGUGUUGGUGAAGCAAUGGCGGAUAAAGCAUGUACGGAUGCUUCAAUGUUGCUUACGAAGUUGGCUCUAGCAAGGCACAGCACCGAUAACGUAAGUGUUGUCGUGAUUGAUCUAAGGAAGGAUGCCUAGUAACAACGUAACGGCUGUCCUCCAGCAAAAAACAAUUCAUCAUACUAUUAGGUGGCUAGAAGGAUGGAAAUGAAAAUGGAAGAGGGUUAAAAAAUCCCCUUAUUUUUCAAGGAAUUAUUUGUUUCUUUUUUGAGAUUUGGUUAAGUAGGUUUAUUCUCUUUUUUCUCUCACAAAUAUCCUUAAUUUGCCGGUUGAUUUUAUUUGUUUUAAGGUUUUUCGAGAGAGAAAAGCGAGAGCAAUCUUUAAAAGAGAAAAAAAAAAAAAAAAAGGAAAGAAAAAGAAGUGGUGGAGGUGUAUGAAUUAUAAAUAAAAAAAUGUGUAAUAUCAAUAAUAAUUUUUUUC